AUGGCAGAAUUCCCAUUCAAUGCUCUAGGCGGUCAGAUGAGGCCCCACCAACUGGCGAGUUUGACUGAGAAUGACCCGCGUCACGCCACCGACGGGCUUAUCGCUGAGUCAUGGCUCAUGGGCGCCGAAGUCGCAAUCGCCUUCUCCAAUUUCCAAGAAGGUGUGUCGCUGCCAACAUGGAGAGCCAAUGUUGGCUAUGAAGAAGGAGAGGAUUGGGUUGUGAGCAAGAUGCAAUGCGGCUAUCCUCGAUUCUUCAUACAUCCUAGCAUUCAGAAGCUCGCCCAAGAGGUUGUUCGUCGCGUCGGAGAUCCAGAAUCGGAGACUGCCACCCUAUUUCCCACACCCAAAACCGCCCGUAUUUGCCACUCGUUCAUCGUGUCGAAAGUGUCCGCCGAGGAAGCAAAAGCAAUCCGGAUUGUGAGAUUUUUGCCGUCACAACAAACUGAGAAAGGGUCGAACACAAUUACAUCUUCGCUGGUGGCUGUGAUUCAUAAGAAGGAGUUUGCGCCUAUCGCCAAGCAGGUCUGGCAACAUUCCGGCAAUGGAAUUUCUAGCCGACGAGGAGAGUUCUGUCAUCGCGCAUUGGAGGACGGCUUUCUUGUGGAGGAGAAGCAAUCUACAACGACGAAGACGCAAGCGCAACGACCAUGCAAGGGUCCUCGCCGCUAUCAAAGCAAGGAAUCUGCCGCCGGAUCAUCACGCGGUUCAUCUGCCUCGACCCCCGUGCCACUCGAGAGCACCUCAGUAACAAAUGGUGUCGACGACGGCCGAGAUUAUGCUCAUUUUAUCGAGGAGCGCUUCGGCCGCAACCUUAGUAUAGUCUUGGCUGAGCAGGCAAAGGUCGCUGUGCGAAGGCGAAUUGCUGGUGUGCUGACUGCGGAUGUGGAAUUGCCAGAGGCACUUGAGGCUACUUCGGCUGAAGGACGAAUCUCGGGUAUUUCGGAGCAGGACGUGUACCUCUAUCCUGCUGGUAUGAGUGCUAUCUUUAACUCGCACCAAACGCUCCUGGCCGCCCGCGGUCCACUCAAGAGUAUCUGCUUCGGAUUUCCCUAUACAGAUACUUUGAAGAUCCUGCAGAAAUGGGGACCUGGUUGCCAGUUCUAUGGUCAUGGCUCAUCAGAGGAAUUAGAUGAUCUGGAAGAGCGGCUGAAGAAUGGUGAACGAUUCUUGGGACUGUUCACUGAAGCCCCUGGCAACCCCCUCCUAAAGACGCCGAACCUUGUUCGGAUUCGAGAGUUGGCCGACAAGUAUGACUUUGCCGUAGUUGUGGACGAGACAAUAAGCAACUUUCUCAACAUCAACGUCCUGCGGUAUGCCGACAUUGUCGUGAGCAGCUUGACAAAGAUCUUCAGUGGUGACAGCAAUGUCAUGGGUGGCAGUGCCGUGCUCAACCCACACAGCUCUUAUUAUCGCGUUUUGAAGGAGACCUUGGAUCGCGAAUACGAGGAUCUCUAUUGGGCGGAAGAUGCUGUCUUCAUGGAACGUAACAGCCGUGAUUUUAUCAGCAGAAUUGACAAGAUCAAUGCCAAUGCCGAAGGGAUCACCGCCAUGUUAAAGGAAUCACCCUUGGUCAAGGAAGUCUAUUAUCCGAAGUACAGCCCGACAAGACCUGAUUACGACAAACUGCGGACUACCAAUGGUGGCUAUGGAGGCCUCUUCUCUGUCACCUUCCACUCCACCGAGCGAUCUAUUGCGUUCUUUGACACCCUGGAUGUCUUCAAGGGACCCAGCCUCGGCACCAACUUUACCCUCAGUUCUCCAUACGUCGUCCUCGCUCACUACCUCGAAUUAGACUGGGUGAGAAUGUAUGACGUUGAUCCGGACCUGGUCAGAAUUAGCGUCGGGCUUGAGGAGCUUCCUGACUUGCGACGCCUUUUCCAAAAGGCGUUGGAGGCAGUGGAAAAGGUGAAAGCCUAG